CUGGCUCACCUGGAGCUUCAGCAGGAGCAAACAACCUAGCAGGAUGAAGCUGUCCGUUGGCUUCAUUCUCUGCCUCCUUUUCCUGGGAGUUGCCAGUGAUAACAUUUUCUCAUUCCUCAAGGAAGCUGGUCAAGGGACUAGGGACAUGUGGCGAGCUUACAGGGACAUGAGAGAAGCCAACUGGAUAGGGGCAGAUAAAUACUUCCAUGCCCGGGGAAAUUUUGAUGCAGCCCGAAGAGGACCUGGGGGUGUGUGGGCUUCUAAAAUAAUCAGUGAUGCAAGAGAGAAUUUUCAGAGAUUAACAGGCCGUGGAGCAGAGGACUGUAAGGAAGACCAAUUUGCCAAUGAAUGGGGCCGGAGUGGCAAGGACCCCAAUUUCUUCAGACCUCCUCGCCUGCCUGAAAAAUACUGAGCAUUCUGCUCACUGGGUUCUUAGCAAAUCCAGCUGUGGGCCCUGAGUACAGGGCCAACUGGUGAACUAAAUUCUCUAUCUGUAAUGGCUUAAUAAAAGCUUGU